AUGGAUCACGAUUCAGGUGUUCAGUUUGUAGCCGCACGGUCCCGGAAGCGAGAUCACCGCCAAAUGUCUGAAUCCCAUGGCCGUCAUGCCUGGCUACAAGAUGCCGAAGCGUCGUCCUCCAGCGCCCAUCCCACACAACCGCCCUCGCCACCACCGGCACGAUAUCCAGGAGAUGGGCUCGACUAUCGAAGACCCACGCACUCAUCUUCCCAGGAAGGAUCGGUAAUUGAUCUUACGAAUGAGCCAGAUUCACCCCCAGAAAUUCGCCACUCCCAGAGCAUAGAGAGUCGACCCAACACACGACGGCCACGACCCCCUCGUUUCGGAAGAGAGAUAAUGACUGAGGUUGUGGAUCUGGAAGAAGAGUCUGACCCAAGUAUACAGAAUGAUCCGCCGAGUUCUCCAGAAGUCCAGUUUGUAGGGUCCUCGGUUCGCUCGCAGCCUCCAAGAGACCUAGGCUUUGGUUCCAGUCUUUUACAUAUGUUCCACCUUCCCGAUCCCCGAAUCCGUCAUGUAUCGAACAGGAACGUGGUUCGACAGGAAUUAGCGAGACGAGCGCGAGCGCGUCGUAUGAAUCAGCGUCCUCAUGAUGUGGAUACGUUCUUACUUGGAGGGCCAGGCACCGCAGUCGAUUUUGCUAUCAAUCUUGAUGGGGACGGUCCACUGCACUUGGAUUUCCCGCUUCAGGAUUUUCCGCUUCAGGGACUCACACCCGACAGAGGGCCACCUCCAAGCUCAUACAAACCACCUAGCCCUGCACCUGAGGGAUUCACAAGAACUGCCGGGGAAGAUGAUGUCGUAUGUUGCCCGAACUGUGACGCGGAGCUCGGGACGGGCGACGAAACAAAACAACAGAUUUGGGUGGCAAAACAAUGUGGCCAUGUUCGUAUUAUCCAAUUUUGA